AUGCCGCCCAAGGCAGACCCCUCGCUACCCUCCUUCCUACUCGCCUCCCCGCCGCCCGCCGCUGCGCCCAGCCAAGCCCGCUUACAAGCCCUCUACGCCUCUACGUCCGCCCAGCGCCUAACGAAUCCGACAGGGUACACCGCGAAUGUCACUUGGUGGGCGGAUGUGUUUCAGGAAUCGCUCCGCUCGGGCUGGAUAGGCGGGAAAGAUGGGGACAGGCUUGUUCUGAAGGUGGAUGAGGAGUUUGUGGGCAAGUUUGAUUGGGAUGGGAGGCGGCCUAAAGGUCUUGGAGGCGUAGUUGAGCGAGAUAGCACGACGGCUCCGCCCAAGCUACAUCCCUUACCUGCUUUCCUAUCCUCGCCUACACCGCUCCAUGCCCCUGCUAGCUUGACGAGGCGCCUCGUAGCUCGGCCGCUGUACUGGGCAUUCUCGCAAUUGAACCCUUUCGGCGGCGAGAAGGAGGUCAAGGAAGAAGCUCUAUGGAAGGCAUAUGGGAAGGGCAAAGAAUAUGUGCAUGUGCCGCUCGUCGAGAGCGCAGCGGCCAAAUUUGUCGCACAUUUCGAGAGCUCGCCAUUGCUGUCCUAUACCGACUCACUCUUCGACGUCGACACCUUUCGACGUGCUUUUGGGCAGAUCUGCCUGCCUGACAGCUCGGCAGCAUCGAGCAAAGAUGCCGGGAAGAAGGAGGAGGAAGAGCAAGGGAGACUGAGCAAGAAGGAUGUCCUUGUGCUGGUCAAGUGGUUGAUGCGGGAUAUGGGCGUUAUCGUGUCAGAUGGGACUGUUAUCAAGGUGCUGCAGCCGGACGAGACAGUCUCCGAGAACCCUAUCACUGAGGUCGACCGAGGGGUCGUGAGCGUGCUGAACGCGCUGGAGAAGGUGGAAGCGCAGAUCACGAGUAUCGAGCAGCAGAUCAACAGGUGUCAAGCCAAGGCCAAGGCUCAUCUCGCAGCUUCGCAGCGUCCACUCGCGAUAUCGCAAUUGCGGUCCAAAAAGGCGCUAGAUGAGAUAUUACACCGGAGAGUGGGCGUCUCGGAACAGCUCAGGGGCGUGGUACGGAGCAUCGAUGAGGCGCAGAACGAUGUGGAUGUCAUGUCCGCAUAUGAAACCUCGACCUCAUCCCUCCGGACUAUCCUCGCCAACCCCCUCCUCUCGCCCGACCGCGUCGAACGAACCACCGAAGAUCUCGCUGAAGCCUUGGCGAGCCAGCGCGAGGUCGACGACGCGAUCCGGAUCGGAGGAGCGGUCGCUGUGGGGGCGGCGGGAGCCUCUGAGAUCGACGAGGAUGAGCUGGAGGCUGAGCUGGCGGGUUUAGUGGAGGAGGAACAGAGCAAGAAGGAACAGGCAGAGGCGGCGAGGCGGAAAGAGAAGGAGGAGCGGGAGAAGGUCUCUGCGCCUACCAAGGAGACCCGGCCGAGCGAACCAACAAAGCAGGACCGGCCGAUCGAGUCACCCAUACCCGCCUCGACAGGCCAGACCGCGCCACCUGUCCAGGCAACACAGCCGAAAAACGCGGCGGAGGACGAAUGGGCGAAGCGGUACGAUGCAGCGCAGGCUCGAGAGAGGGAGGAACGAGCCAGAGCCGAUGUGGAAAGGCUCAAAAGGGAGGAGAAGAGGGUGGCAGCGGUGUCUGAGUGA